AUGCCUCGACGCGCGGGCAAACUGCGCGCGGAGACGCACCGUAACUCGGUUACUUACGACUGUUUAGCGCAACGUCGACAAAUUGAACGUUCGCCGUGCGCGGCUUGUAAAUUUGUUUGCGCGGCGCAAGAUGGGUAUUUGCGAAGUUCGACGCAAGCCGGCAAAGUUACAGCUGUUUGUUGGAAUCUAAAAUGUAAUCAGGCUGGAAGUAAAAUCUGGCGAGUGUCUGACAUUCAACUGCGGAAGUUUGGAAUGAAAACAGUUCCCGAAGACUUUGCUAUUCCCGAUGGAGAUUAA